CUCCUCCCGCCGACCAUGGGGCUGCUGGGCACGGCGGCGGUGCGGGGUGGAGGCGCGGUGCUGCCCCGCGGCUUUUGGGCGGCGGUGCGCGUGUGGCUGGAGAAGCCGCAGGUGGCCAACAGGCGGCUGUGCGGCGCCGCCAUCGAGGCGGAGGGCACGGUGCUGCCCGGAGAGGACGGAGAUGCGUCUCCCCACCUCGGGAGCGGCGAGGAGUCGGCGGGGGCUGCGGAGCUGGGCCGGCUCUGGAGGGAGGUGCGCGAGGAGCUGCUGCCUUUCCUCGCGGCCGGGCCAGGUCGGGAGCUCCGUGCUGUGCUGAGGGCACUGCUGCCCCGGGUGCGGCCCGCAGGGCCUCCCGCUCCGCCUGUGAAGGAGCUGGUGGUGCAAGAUGUUUGCAAUGGAACUGUAACCUUUCUUCCUUUGGAGGAAAACAGUGAAGGAAAAUACCAAAUUAAAAAGUGCAAUAUUUAUCAAAUUCAACUUACACACAUAGGAGAUGAAGAAUGGUCUGUGUCUAUUAUAGCUCCAUCUUCAGAAGAUUGGUUUUCAGAUGGAAUAACAUACCCCAAACUAUCAUGGCUUGGAGAUGUACUUUUGUCCAAACUGGCUAAGUGGUCCGUGGAGCAAAAGUGCAGUGAGUUCAGAAGUACGCUGUCACUCAUUCCUGUAGCGAAAUAUAGCAAGAUUUAUCAAGACCUUAAAGAAAAAUACAAGGAAAUGGUAAAGGUAUGGCCUGAGGUGACAGAUCCUGAGAAGUUUGUUUAUGAAGAUGUUGCCAUUGCCACUUACUUGCUGGUUCUCUGGGAAGAAGAGAGAAAGGAAAAAGGAUUGGCCAACAAACAGUCGUUUGUAGAUCUUGGAUGUGGAAAUGGCCUACUGGUUCAUAUUCUUAGCAACGAAGGGCACUUAGGUCGAGGAAUUGACGUGAGGAGAAGAAAAAUAUGGGACAUGUAUGGACCAGAAACUCAUUUAGAGGAAUCUUCUAUCGUGCCAGGUGACAGCCAUCUCUUUCCAGAUACUGACUGGCUGAUAGGAAACCAUUCAGAUGAAUUAACACCAUGGAUACCUGUAAUUGCUGCCAGGUCUUCCUAUUCGUGUAGGUACUUUGUGCUGCCAUGUUGCUUCUUUGAUUUCCAUGGAAAAUACAGCCGACGACAAAGCAAGAAGACUCAGUACAGAGAAUAUCUUGAUUUUGUUGCUGAAGUGGGAUGUGUAUGUGGUUUUAAUGUGGAAGAAGACUGCCUUAGAAUUCCAUCAACAAAAAGGGUGUGCCUUAUUGGAAAAAACAGGACCUAUCCACCUAUGGAACGUUCUUUGAUUGAUGAACAGAUAACACAGUUUAUUCAUAAUCGCCAGACCUGUGCUGUGGUUGCACGUGACAGAGAAGAUGGAUUUAAUCAUAACAGUCACUCUGAUUUGUGCAAAGGAGUAAGCUCAGAACUUCCUGAAAAUAUGAUGGAGAUGGCUAGUGGAAUUUGGAUGCCUGGAUUUCAACCCAGAGAAAAAGUAGAACAAACAAGAAAUUGUGCUGCCCUCCCUCGGGAUUUUGUAGAUGGUGUCGUUCUGAAUGUGGCAAACUUGCUGUUAAAUGCAGUCCCUGCAAAAUCAUGUUCUAAUAGUCAUGGUGGAAAUAAGGAUACCUGGAAUCCAGGAGAAAGCCUUUCCUUGAAAGAAGUAGCAGAACAUUUAAAUAAGGAGACUUUAAAGAGGCUGAAAAGUGAAUAUGGAGGCCUGCAAACACUGCUCAAGAACAAUCAUCAAGUAUUUCAAGUUCUGGAUGGGAGAGUUCAUAUUCGUGACUGGAGAAAAGAGAAACCAUCAAGGAAAACGAAGCCUGAAGUAAAAAGAUGCCUUUCAGCUGAAGCGUUUAAAACACGUCUCUGUUGGUUCUUCAUUCAUCAUCCUGACGGUUGUUCUUUGCCUUCUGAGUCUUGUCCAUAUGCUCAUGGGCCUGAGGAGCUAAGACAGUCUGAGACUAUUAAAAAGAAAAAACAUAUAUGGUGAUAAAAUGCUGCCACUUAUGUUGAAGCUUGUGUACGUAACUGUAUUUGACUGACUAUGGACUGCUUAGUGCAUGAGGACCUGCAAAAUUUGGAGGUUUUUCUUCUCGUUCCAAUAUAUGAUAUUUUUCUAGUUAGUUUACAAGUUCUCCUGUAUUUUAAUUCCUAUACCAUUAAUAUGAAAAGAUUAUAGUAAAAUAUGUAUAUACUUCUGGA